CCAACUUGUUUUGUAGUUCAUUGCAAGUUUAUUGCAAGGUUUAUUGAGUUGUGUGAUGAUAGUGGUCAAGAUAGUGUAUAACGAAUAAUAGCUUGGUAUAUUUAUAUUAAUAUUUGGACAUUAUAUGAUAAGAUUUCGCCCAGCAAAUAAAAGGAUAUUCUUUUAAAGCCGAGCCCGCCGGUACGCAGGCCCCGGUGAUGGAGCCGGCGGCCGCCUCUGCGCCUGACCCAGCCCCGGCCGGUCGCAGCCCCCUGCACUCGCCCCCCGCCACCGAGCUGAGAGCGGCAGCGCCCAGUCCGCCCGGACCGUCCGGCGCCCAGCCCGGACCGUCCGGGGCGCCGCCGCCGGCGACACAGACAGAUACGUCCGCGCGUAAAUCGCCUAUGAUGGAAAUCAACUCUGCAUUCACCCACCUGCCUCCGAAACCUGAGGUGAACAGCGGCUCGCCAACGCUGGUUCGCUCCACCGACUCCAACAACAUGGCCAAUGCGUGGCACGACGCCUCGCGACACGACGCAUUCCAGCAGCAGCUACUGCAGAUGGGAUCCGUUAACAAAGCGAUGCCCGAAGAGAUGCUGCGGUUGCGGCAGCAGCAGGAGCUGCAGCAGCGGUUUCUGGUGGAGCAGUUCCAGGCGCAGCAGCAGCAGCUGACCGAACAGCACGAGAAGCAGCUGCAGCAGCACAUCAAGCAUGUUUGGUGGCAGCAGGUGCAGCUGCAGCAGCAGCUGCUGGCGGCGCAGUACCACGAGCGCGCCGAGGACCGGCUGCCCGACGAGCCCAUGCAUGACAAGGAGUACCAGGAGACGCAGAAGAAGCGCGAGGAGCAGCAGCUGGCGCUGGAGAAGGAGCGGCGGGAGCAGGACCGGCUGGAGCAGCUGAAGAAGAAGGACGUCCGCCACCAGAGCGCCGUCGCCUCCACGGAGGUCAAACAGCGACUCCAGGAGUUUGUGCUGCAGAAGAAGCAGCGGGAGGCGGCCGCCGCCAGCUCACCCUACCGAAACUGCGGCAACACCAGCGGCCGGAACAGCCUGGUGCACCAGCGCUCCACCGAGAAAGCUAACGCCACGUCCCACCCCUACAGGCCGCCGGUCCUCUCCAAGUAUGACGACGAGUUCUGCCCGCUGCGCAAAACCGCCUCGGAGCCCAACAUCAGCCUGAAGGCCCGCAUCAAGCAGCGAGUGCUGGAGAGGUGUGCCGGCUCACCGCUGGGACGGCGGUUCCACGAGCAGGCUGGACGGCCCAUCAAACAUAAGAGCAAGCUGACCUUGGAGUCCAGUACCAGCACCCCGGAGUCGGACCCGAGCUCGCCGCCGAGCGCCUCCUACCUGAUGGCCGGCGGCCGCGGCGGCACGCCCAUCCAGGAGGAGGCGGGCGGCCUGCCGUUCCACCUGGCCGGGCUGAGCGGCGGCGGUGCGCCGGAGGUGUCCCUCUACAGCAGCCCGUCGAUGCCCAACAUCUCACUGGGACGGCCGCCCGUACAUACGGCGGUCAGCUCUGGUUCGAGCGAGGGUGAGCCGUCCCGACCGGGCCCGUACCCCCCUCUGAUCCCCAUCGGAGCGCCUAUGAUGACGGCGCCCUUCUUCCCCAUCUUACCCGUGAUUGACAGCGAGUGUACGCCGCCCACCUCGCCGGCCUACAUCCGCAAACAGAUGGAGUCGCUGGAGCAGGUGCGCAACCCGCUGCUGGGCGGCCUCUACCCGCAGCAUGGCAUCACCUGUGCAGAGGCGGCCCAGGCGCGACUGGGCCGGACCAUCCAGGGGAGGCCGCUGAGCCGGACCCAGUCUGCGCCCCUGCCGCUGGGCCAUCCGCUGCUUCAGCGGGCCAGCCUCACCCGCGAGCAGUACGAACAGCUGGUCAAGGAGCGGCAGCUGUACGAACAGCAGCACCAGCACAACCUGCUCAAACAGCACAUUCGUCAGACGGUGCUGACGCGCGCCAGCAGUAAGAACCAUGUGGAGAACGUGGAGGAGGAGACGGAGGCGGCCGUGGCGCGCGAGAUGCAGGACGCCAAGGACGCUGAGGUGAUCGACCUGACCGAGAACCGCAUCGACGUCUCAGAGGUGCGGGAAGAACCUUCUCACCAAAUGGGCCUGUCGGGACGGCACGGGCCACCUCCCAACUCCCGGGUGACGCACGCCAUCCGGCCCCUGGCGCGGGCCUUCUCCUCGCCUCUGGUGACGCUGAACCCCGCGGCCACGGCCAGCCCGGCGCGCGACCCGCACAUCACAUACGUCAGCAAACAGGGCUGCGGCACUGGCCUGGUGUACGACCCGCUGAUGCUCAAACACCAGUGUGUGUGCGGCGACAGCUCCAACCACCCAGAGCACAGCGCCCGCCUGCAGUACAUCUGGAGUCGGCUCCAGGAGACGGGUCUCACCCACCGCUGUGACCGCAUCCGCAGCCGAAAGGCCACGCUGGAGGAGAUCCAGACCUGCCACAGCGAGGCGCACACCAUCUUCUUCGGCACCAACCCGCUGAACCGACAGAAGCUCGAUCUGGGCAAACUGGGCGAGCUGCCGAUUCGGUCGUUUGUGAAAAUGCCGUGCGGCGGAAUCGGCGUCGAUCUGGACACCACGUGGAACGAGCUACACACGAGCAGCGCGGCACGCAUGGCGGCUGGCUGUGUCAGCGAGCUGGCUCUCAAAGUGGCCAUGGGUGCCGUCAAGAACGGGUUCGCGCUGGUGCGGCCGCCCGGCCACCACGCCGAGCGCCAGCAGGCCAUGGGCUUCUGCUUCUUCAACUCAGUGGCGGUGGCGGCGCGCCUGCUGCGGCUCCAGCUCAGCGUCGAGAAGGUGAUGAUCGUCGACUGGGACGUGCACCACGGUAACGGCACGCAGCAGCUGUUCUACGACAGCUCGCACGUGCUCUACUUGUCGCUGCACCGCCACGACGACGGCAACUUCUUCCCGGGUACCGGAGCGCCCGUGGAGUGCGGCGUGGAGGACGGCAUGGGCUUCAACGUGAACGUGGCCUGGUCAGGCGGCUGCAGCCCUCCGAUGGGCGACGCCGAGUACCUGGCCGCCUUCCGGAGCAUCGUCAUGCCCAUCGCCAGGGACUUUCAGCCUGACGUGGUGCUGGUAUCGAGCGGCUUUGACGCGGCCCGCGGCCACCCGUCCCCGCUCGGAGGGUACCAGGUGUCGGCCCAGUGCUUCGCCUGGAUGACGCGACAGAUGAUGACUCUGGCCAAUGGCAAGGUGGCGAUGGCUCUGGAGGGCGGUUAUGACAUCCCCGCCAUCUGUGACGCCACGGAGCACACCAUCCGCGCCCUGCUCGGAGACGACCUGCAGCCCAUCAGUGACGAGGAGCUCAACAGAAAACCGUGCCAGGCGGCCAUCGACACACUGCGCAAAACCAUCGACAUACAGGUGCCGCACUGGCCGUGUGUGAAGCGGACCGCCCACCUGAUCCCGCUCUCGCACGCCGAGGCGCUCAAGGACCGAGACGCCGAGACGCUGUCGGCCAUGGCCGGUCUGACGGUGCACCAUCGACACGCCGGCCAGCCGCCGGCGGCACACCAGUCGCCGCCGCCGGCCGCCUGUCGGUCGUCGCCGGCGCGGCCCGUCUCGCCCACCCAGGAGGAGCCCAUGGAGCAGGACGAGUCGGAGGCCAAGUAGCGGGCGCGCCACCCAGCGCGACACCUGUCGGCAAGCGGUACAACUUGAACUUUGUCGGGCGGCCGCCGGGCGCGCCGCCGCACCGUACCUGUGUCCUAGCUCUAGUGCCGCGGCACUGCAGCGGCAGCGGCGCGCGCGCGGCACGGCCGCCGCGGUCGGUGAUAGCUGGUGAGAGGCGGCGCCGUGUGAGCUCCGAGUGUGAGAACGGCAGUGAGAGAGAGAGAGAGAGAGAGAGGACGCUAAGUCGUGCAAUGUUCAACGGUGGCGGCCGCCGCGGCCGGUCCCCCCUCCGCUGCCACGACCGCCGGCGGUGGCCGCCGCAGAAAAUCGAGACCAGCCCUCCGCUGGCUCCGAGUGAUCGUGAGAGCGAGAGAGAUGAACUAUUUUACGGCAUGCCGGUGGCUUCGUUAUUUGUAUACAUUCCACGUAGAUGUAUGUUCUAGUCAGCUGGCUGCGCGCGUCCGGUGGGCGAGACAGAAGCGGCGCGGCGGCGGCGCGGGCCGGCGCGCCCCCAUGUGUAGUUUGUUGGAACACUUCGAUAUUUGUUGUGGAUGAUUGGUGUUAGCUGUGCGUUUUAUGUUGGCGGCGCUGCCGCGGUGCGCGGUGCGGCCGGGCCUGCCGUUGGUUGGGGACGGGCGGCGUCUGACUUUCUGAGACCGCGGACGGAUGGACGACCUCUGGCCUCUCGGAGACCGAGGCAGAGUCGGCAGAGUCUGUUGGCCAGGGGUGGGCGACUCGACCGGCGUGCCCGGCUGACGGCUGAGACCCCACGGACCUCGGCUAUAAGGUCUAACACUCUGACUCUGACUCGGCCUGACUUCCUCAAAUUGUCCGAUUGACCCUGACACAGCUCUGACUCUGAAGACUAUCACUAUCUGACUCUUACUCUGACUCAGAUUGACCCACCGACUCUUACCUGGCUCCGACUCUGAAGACUAAUGUCCGUCCGAUUAUGAGGAUUUACUGUUGUCUGUCUCUGUCCAGCUCUGACUAGUUUUGACUCUGUUUUUUGAGGACUCAGGCUCAAAUGCACUCCGACUUUAUCUGAUUCCGCCUCUAUCUGACUCUAACUAUCUGAUUGACUGACUCUGCGGACUCGUGGCGCCCGGGAGUGCGGCCGGCGGUCCCACUGCACACUGCACAGAUCGCAGCGCUCGGACCAACCGCCGUGCCGCUGCCCGCCCCCGACCGACCGGCAGGCCGGCACAGCCCCGCCGCCGUCGGAAGCUUAUUUUUGUAUGCACGGCUCACCCGCAGUGGACCGGGUGACAUUGGUGAAAAUACACAUGGACUGCUUAUA